AUGCUUGUGCUCUUUCUGUUGCUUGGUCAGUCACUGCUCAUAGAGCUCUUCAGCCUGUUGUUCUUACUCAAGCUGAUUCAGUCAGCCAUAGAUAGCAUUGCUGUCAGGAUCAUACUCUAUUUCUUUAUACUCUCUUCCAAUAUCAUAGAGACUAACUGCUCUAGAGGGUCCAACUGGUUGGAGUUCUUCUUCUUGAGCACUUCUUUCAUUUGUGCUACUAGACCUGGCUUUGGAUAUGGUUUCAGGCAUGGGCUGGAAGAAGGCUCAGACAGAGGGAGAGAUAUCUUAGAAGGGGAGGUCUAUGCAAGUAGACUUGAGUCUGUUGCUAAAUAUACUACUACUAAUUUACUUGUUGUCCUGGGUGUUGCUAUAAGUCAAGAGACAAUAACUGAUUAUGCUGAUCAAGCUUGUUCCAUAGUCUUAGGCACUAGUAUAGAUGCCCUGACCAAGCAUAAAUAG